AUGGCGGCUGAAAUCCGGCUGGCGCGGAAGGACUUGGUCCAGUUCGUUCAGAAGGCGCAGGAGCAGCUCGAGGCCGGUCUUCGCCGCCUCAAGCCCGUGAUGACGCACUUAGUUGCAACGGUGCCGGCAAUUCCCAAAGCGCUGGGGUCCGAAGGCAGUGAGACUCUCCACGCAGCAGUGGCCAAGGUCGGUCCAGGGCCAUUAGCCAAGUGCCUGAGCGCCGCCAACCCCUGGAUGGCCCUCAAGUCAGCAGCGUCCCAACCGGGAGCCAACUUUCGCUACAUCAAGCCCGAAGAGUUGGCAGCGCAAGUUGAGGCAAAGGCAGCAAGCAAGUUUGGGGCUGCCGUGCAGGACGCCAAGCGCAAAAAGCAGAAGGCCAAACGGCCCAGGCCAGAUGUUCCAGUCCUGCAAGUUGAUCCGGCCCACCUGCUACUUGCUCAAGGUUCUUUUGUUGGCCCAGAGAACUCGCCACUUGGCCAACUUGCCAUUUCCGAAGUUGGUAGUCAAGCCACGGGGGUUGCCUUUUGUUGUGCGCAGCAGAUGCUGCCAUACAUUCAGAGCUUUAAGUCCCUUUCCGUUGAUGCGCUUGGCCUGAUUUCUACUUCGGAACUUCCAUCUGAAGCUAUUGCAGGUGUACCAGCACGUAACAUUCGCUUUCCUGCCAUCUAUGCACCCACCAAUGAGCCAGUGCUUCUUUCCGGCACUCUCCUCCAAUUGGGAGAUGAAGAGGUUGAUUUGGCCAGGCAAGACAUUGCAGAUGUCGAGCAGCUGCCUACGUCCACCAUCCGCAUCUCAGUUUACCGUGACGAAGUGGGCAUUCCAUGGGAGGAGUUCUGUCCUGCACCGAUUCGUGCUUUGCUUGCCAAGGUACCAGGUCUUACUUUAUGUCGGGAUGGCUCUUGCAGGGGUGACUGCCCGUGCUUUCACGCGCCUGUUGAUGAGACCUUGGAUCAGUUGUUCCUGGACGUGUGGGCUCGACAGUGGGCUAGGCUUGAAGGGGGUCGUGCAGAUCCUGGCACAGCUGCUGCGUUCCACGCGUUGUUCCGCAUUCCCACUUCUGCCUUGAAACACUGUCUCCGCUUGGGCGUACAAGGUGUGUACUGCGAACCUCGUUCCAGCGAUGGGUUUUCGCCAAGUGAGGUCUACUCUGUAGUGUGGUUGCCAAACGCAGAUCGACAAGCAGCUUCGCAUGCUCUCAAAACCUGUGGCAAAGCCAUAGCCGUUGCCAGGCUAGGUAAGAAAUUCGGCUUGAGGGUCCGUGAAAGUGACGAAGGUGCAGUGUUCGCUGCGCACCGCCCUGGCCAGGAAUUUGUCCAGAUAAAGGUUGUCCAGAAAUGGCGGGUGUACCCACUGCCAAGGGGGAUACAACGCCACCACAUGCAACAGCUCCUCCGCAAGUGGGACUGGAAGGCUCGUCCGCUUCAGCCCGCCAGAGGUGAUGCUCAAGGCAGCGCCUGGGACAUCGGAUCUGCUGACGACCCUCCUGCUCAAGCCCUUCCAGUUGGCGACAGCUUCGCAAUCUUGACCCGUCUGAAGGGCCCUGCCACUGGUGAAAGGCCGAUACCAGUCACUGCUUCCCGCCGCACGAAGCGGGCCAUCAUAUAUGACGAUGGCGAAGGUCCCACAAAUGAGGCAGACCCCUGGGCCAAUGGCAGGGACCCGUGGAGCCAGGCUACGUCCAGCACAUGCCCCCGUCCGCCUCCAGGCUUACCAAGCCCGGCCAUCUCGUCAAGCGCAGAGAAGAAGCUGGACCAGCUCCGCUCGGAGCUAACCAGCCAAGUCCACGAGGCUGUCACUCAACAGGUCCAGUCGGUUGCCGGGGCAGAGGCCCAGCAACAAGGGGUGCACGACAAGCGCCUGCUGCGUUUGGAACAGAGCGUUAGCGAACUGCAGCGCCAAAACCAGAAGUUUGAGGGUUGGUUCCAGGAGUUUGGAAACAAAGUCACAGCCACUACCACCCAGGUCCAACAAGUUGCGGCCACGCUUGAAGCCACAAACACACAGGUCCAGCAAGUUGCCAGUACCUUGGAUGGCCAACAACAGCAACUCGCCCAAGUUCAGGUAGAGGUUGGACGCUCUGUUGACGGUGUUGGACAGGCAGUCCAGCAGGCAGUUGCGGCGCUAGGUUUGCAAUUGGGAGAGCAACUCCAGGCGCAAAUGUCCAGUCAAACUGCGCAGCUUGAGAGUCUGCUUGUGAAGAAGCAACGCAAUGAGAUCGGUGAGGCUAGUCAUCCGGGUCCUCACAAUCUCGUUGCGGUUGGGACCACGAAUCCUACCGGAUUGCGUGGUAAAGAAAGUCUUGCGGUCGAUAUCGGCCCCGGUAUUUUCCACUACUCCGAGAGCGCCGGCUCCAGUCAGGACGAACAGUUCCUGGGCUGGGUCAUGGAGUGGGGUUUUGACUACCUCCGACUGGCCGUCCCGAUCCCUGACUUUGCCGUGGCAGGCAGGAUAAUUGCUGGAGAUUUCAACCAGGAUGCAGACCGCCUGGAACAGCUCCGCAUUUGGAGGGAGCGCGGCUGGGUAGAGGCUCAGGAGCAGGCGCAACUGCUCUGGGGCCAAAUGCCCAUGCCAACGUGUAAGGGAGCUACCAUCCGUGAUUUUCUCUGGCUUUCUCCGGAAGCGGCCUGUCUACUCCAUAGUGUCAUGGUCCAACAACACUUUCAGGAACAUGACACCCUAAUCGCCACUCUUCGCGUGGACAUGGGUGUACACGCGGCUUUGAGUUGGCCCUUACCAGCAGAAAUUCCCUGGGAAUCAGUGAACCAUGCGACGUGGCAUCAUUCAAUGCCAACCUUUCCUGAAUGCACUGGCAACACCACUGCGUGGUUGAAGUCUUUCGCGCACAUUUUCGAGCAGAGCCUCGAUGGGCACAUUACGGGGGUCCCCGGUGGACAUCUUCCGAGGAGAUGUCAUGGGCGGGCGAAACGAAUGCGGCCGCGCAUUGAACAACAGCGGUGCAUAGCGCCCAAGCCCAGCCGCCCAGGGGAGGUCUCUUUGAGCCAUAGUUUGGUUUGUUUGGAGGUCAAGUACUGGUUUCAGCAACUGCGUCGCUUGCAGAGCCUAGUUCAUGCACUGCGGGCUGGGGCAAACAGACCCUCAGCCGUAGACUAUCGAUUGCAGCUGUGGCGUGCCAUUCUUGAGGGUCGAGGGUUCCUGCGCGGCUUCCAGGCCUGGUGGGGCACUCGUCCUGUCCGCCACCAAGGCCUCCCAGCACAUCUGCCUCACUCCCUUCCAGGGCUCGACCUAGCGGAGCAAUUGUAUGCUGACUUCCACGCCAAUUUCAAGCGUUUUGAAUCCUGGCACAUUCGUCAACGUACUAAGUUGCUGCAGGCGCAAUAUGAGCAGGCUCGCGAACUGUUGUACAGAGAUCUCCGCGAUGAUCGGCCAUCGCAGGUUGAUCACUUAGUCCUGCAGAAGAGUUUUCAGGUCGUGGCCUGUGACUCGGACACAAGGCAAGUUCACUUGGAUAAAGCAGCUGACAUGAGGGGUCAUUCGACGUGGUCCUUUGAAGGAGUCAACAUUGAGGUAUGUGUUCAGACUCCACAACUUUGCCUCUUGCCCCCUGACGUUCCCCUGUGUCCAGAUCUUGCAUCACUUGAACAAACCAUCGUACUUCAUGACGUGUCUGACAUUCUUUCCGAGUUUCAGUCCGCGUGGACGCCGCGAUGGAACAAGUCUAGCCCAGAUGUACAGCCGGACUGGAACAGGCUUGUAAGUUUUGCUCGGGCGUUUUUGCCAAGCGCCCCUUUUCACGCUCAGCCCAUCAGCCUCAAAGACUGGCGAUCCACUAUCGCACGUCUCAAACCCCGCGCUGCUCGGGGCCCAGACGGCAUUGCCAAGGCGGAUCUGGUAGCUAUGCCAGACGAAGCUGUUUUGUGCCUACUUUCCGUGCUCAAUGCCAUCGAAGAAGGGAACCUCAACUGGCCGAAUCAGUGGCUUCAAGGCUUCGUCAUCAGCCUGGCCAAGCCAAACGAGAGGCGAGACGCUGAUGGGUACCGACCCAUUUGCCUCUUUGCCAUCGUCUACAGGGCGUGGUCUUCUCUGCGAGCCAGGCAAUUGCUUCAACAUUUCAAGACAGUGAUGCCGGAAUCUGCGCUCGGAUUCAUCCCUGGCAGAGAGGCUUCCGAAAUGUGGUAUAGACUGGAGAUCAUGAUUGAACUGGCUUGCCAGGGUGACCAACCAUUGUGCGGCUACGGUACGGACAUAGUCAAAUGUUUCAAUGGGCUUCCUAGAACUCCCCUGCUUGAAGUUGCAGCUUUGCUUGGGGUCCCGGACCGUAUUUUGGUUCCUUGGCGGGCUUUUCUUUCAGGCGUUCGCCGUAGGUUCCUCAUCCGAGGUCACGUAGGGCAAGCACUGGCCUCAACAAGCGGCUUUGCAGAAGGCUGCCCGUUGUCACCGUUUGCAAUGUGCGUUGCCAACCUAGUAUACCAUUUGUAUCUCCAUCACUAUGAGCCGCGUGCCUCUGCGGUCAGUUAUGCCGACAACUGGUCACACACAGCAUCCAACAUAGGACAACUGGCUAGCGGCAUCGUGAUGACUCAGUGCGUGGCGGACAUGCUGGAUGUUCAGCUAGAUCCGGCCAAGACUUUUGUGUGGGGUUCACACGCAUGUGUCAGAAACUCGCUUAAGGCGUUGGGCAUCCCAGUUUUGAGACAGUCUCGAGAACUUGGGGGCAUUUUAUCCUUUGGAAGUGCUACCAGGAAUGCGGCGCUAGUAGACCGUUGCAAGGCACUAGCUCCGUUAUUCAAGAAGUUGGCCCUUUCACGCAGUCCACUUGCUUUCAAGUUGCAAAUCUUGCCUUCUAAGUUGUGGGCACGUGCCCUCCAUGGUGUCUCGGGGUGCCCACUAGCACUUGCCCACAUUACCAACCUCCGCACACAGGCUGCGCGCGCGCUGCACGUCACGUCAGCUGGGGCUAGUCCAUGUCUUCGUCUUAGUCUUUCCGCCCCAAUGGAGGCUGAUCCAGGAUUCUACCAGUUGUGGGCUUGUGUCAGGGAUGCACGACGCAUUCUGCGGCGACAGCCUGAUUUGGUCGGGAGUUGGAAACAGUUCAUGCGCAGCUUUGAUGGGGUGUUGUACCAUGGACCAUUCUCUAAGUUGUUGCAGGUCCUUUCGCAGAUAGAAUGGCAUAUUGCAGUUCCGCCGCUGGUUGUAGACCAUGAGGGUUUGACACACAAUCUUCUGUUCAUGCCGAAAUCGCUGUUGCGCCAACGCUUGGAGAGGGCUUGGUUAAGGCACAUAGGACAUGCGCACACUCACAGGGCAACCAUGCGCGACCUGCACGGGCUUGCUCAACUGGAUGUGCAGCGCAUGCACGCAUUGGACCUAUCCCGCCUGCGUGCUCUCCAGUCGGGAUCCUUGUUGUUUGGAGCAGAGCAUGCCAGGCAUGAUACUACGCUGACAGGGUUAUGCUUACAUUGCGGUUGCUCUGAUACCCGUUUCCAUCGGGUGUGUGAGUGCCCAGCAUAUGCAGCAGCUCGUGAGGGGCAAGAGUGGGCCAUCAGCUUUUGGCAUACUUUGCCGACUUGUCUGACCCAUCAUUUGCUACCGCCAAGUAAUGCAGACGCAAGUGCCCUGCACGCAUUGUUGCAUGCCAUUGCGGAUCAAACACCGGACACACACGCCAUGCCUGUAAAUGUAGGCAGACAACAUAUAUUUACGGACGGUUCGUGCUUCCAGAGCGGUCACCCUGACUUCGCCUUAGCAGCAUGGGGCGCUGUGCUGGCUGACACAGACACAGUCAUUGGAUGUGGUCAAGUUCCGGGCAUUCAGCAGACUGCCCCUCGGGGGGAGUUAUAUGCUGUGAUCUGCGCCCUGAGCUGGGCACUGCGACAUGGCGUAGCAAUCUGCAUUUGGUGUGAUGCUCUACAUGUGGUGCAGGGCAUUGACAAGUUACUGCAUGGCAGCCCUCUUCCGGACGAUCCAGAGAACGAUGAUUUGUGGCGACGAGUGUCGGACAUGGUCAAUAGCUUCGAACACGAUGCUAUUUAUGUCCAACAUGUUCCUUCACAUUUGGAUCUUAGUCGGACCACAUCUGCCUUCGAAGACUGGGUAGCUAUUUGGAAUGCGCGAGCUGACCGGGUAGCUGUUCAGGCUAAUCAGAAUCGGUCAGUCCAUUUCCUGGAAGUAUACCACGCUGCGCUGCGCCGGCAUGAGUUCUUCGCAAAAGCCAUUCGGGCUUUCCGGCAUAUCUAUUUUGCCAUAGCAGAAAUAACAGGCGGACGGCCACCUUGCCAACGAGUAGCGGAUGAUGGUGACGAGACAAUUGAAUUGGCCGGGCAGGCCCCACAGUACUUUCUGAGAUGUGCAUCUAUUCAAGAUCGCCUACCCGUCAACUGGCAUACUCAAGCAGCGGCAGCUACUGGAUUCGUUCCAGCGACAUUCGUGACGGCAUUGAUGAAUGAGCUCAUUCGUUUGGACGAAGCUGAGGUCAUGGCUUGUAAAGUUUCCUGGCUUGAGCUUCUGUUUUUGAUGGUAGGGAAUCCCAGGGUUGAGUUUCCUGUACAGUGUCCUAGCACGGGCACGCUCAAGGCUCGCAGUGUUUACCAAGACACGGCCGAUCCGGUCGGUGUCAGAUCUGGCGAGGCCAAUACGGCCAGGCCGAACCCGCCAGCAAUGACCCGCAAUGUGGCCUGCCUCCAGGCAGCUGCUCAGCUGCUCAAGGAAGCAGAGAUUGAGCGCAAUUUGAAGAAGUCAGACGAGCUUCGGAGACACUUCAAAGAGGACGAGAUUGCAGGCAAGUUGUCUGACCUCGGGAGGUUGGUCGAGAGCGAGUACGAGCACGGUGAGAACCCACCACCCUCGGACAACCUUUACGUCAAGGGUCUGCCGGGCUGGGUCACCGAGGCCGACAUCGAGGCGAUCUUCUCUGAGGUGGGCGAGAUUCAGAGCAUGAAAGUGAAAGCCGCCGAUUGGGGCGCCAUUGCCUUCGUCCGGCUUGCCAGCAAAGUGGAGGCAGAGCGAGGUAUCACUCACUUCCACAACCGUGUGCCACGAGUCCUGGAGAAGAAGGAGGCCGAGCUCGAGGCCAAGCGGCUCAGUGCCGAGGUGACCAAGGGCAUGUUGCGCGCCACGGUCGACCAGCUGGCAAGAGGCAUCAUCGUGGUCGUGGACUUGAGAAGACCACUUGGCUGCGUGUUCAAUGACUUCCUUGUCACGAAGACGGUGCAGGAGGACAGCCAGGGCUUCGCCCUGGGCAUCCGCCCCAACUGGCGCGUCCGCUCCGUGGGGGGCGUCGAGGUGCAGAAGACGACGGACCUCAAGGACCGCAUGGCCAAUCUGAUCUCGCAGGGAGUGAAGGAGGUGGCCAUAGUCUUCUCGCCCCCUCCCAUCGUCGCCAGCUUUGAGAAGCGACCGAUGGGCUUCACCGUGGCCAAGGAUUCCGAGCUUGGCUUAGUCCACGUCUCCAGCUCCACGGGCGUGGCGCGCGCCUACGGCAUCAGGCCGGGCGCGAUCGUUGCCAACAUCGGUGGUACGGAAGUCAGCUCCCUCCGCAUCGAGCACGUCCGGGACAUGCUGAAGGAGGUCAACCUUCCAGUCUCCAUCCACUUCGAGCAGGCGCGAGGAAUGCCAAACACGGUCGCAGGCAUGAUCCAGCACGUCCCAGAGGAAGAGCAGGAGGUGAUUGCCGAGAAGAAGGAGGAGCUUCGACCGCCGCCGCGCGACCCAAAUGUGCCCAUGGUCGUCCCCCCGCCGAUCGACAUUGAUCUAGACCUGUCCCAGCCUUUGGGCAUCGUGUGGUACCCGAGCCUGGUGGUCAAGAGCGUGAAGCCGGGUUCGCAGGCGUCGUCAAAGGUGGAGCUGACAGAGGUGGCAUUGCUGGAGUGGCUUCAAUGGGCUUGGAAGGAGAACACGGCCCAAACAAGCUCUGAUACCCAGAGCAUCAGAGGCGGCCCGGCUGGGGAUCGGUCCGGGCUGGGAGGCGUGCGGCCCAGAAUUCUAACCCGUGAAAGAGACAACACAGGCAUCCUGAAGGCCUUGAGCGAUAUCGCAACGGCGCUGGGCUGGAAGGAUGUUGCCGACACGAGAUUCAUGACGAAAUUCACCUUCCCUCCCUUGGCGGACACUUUAGCAAAUCAGAUUGCAGCAAUGGUCCACGCUUGCUCUCUUGUGGAUAUGUUCUUCUUCAACAGGCCCUGCGAGCAUUGA